AUGGUGGCAUCCUCAUCUGCCAACGUCAACGUAGGCCCGCAAGUGUUCAUCAAUUUCCGGGGAGCAGAACUGCGUAAAAACUUCGUUUCCCAUCUCAAAGAUGCCUUGGAACGCAACGGAAUCAACGCUUAUAUCGACAGCAACGAGCACGCGGGUGAGGAUCUUGAUAUACUCUUUAGAAGGAUUGAGGAGUCCACAGUCGCGCUGACCAUCUUAUCAAGAAGGUACACGGAGUCACACUGGUGCUUGGGAGAGCUUGUGCAUAUAAUGAAGUGCGUGGAUCGACGCACUCUCUGGGUUAUUCCCAUAUUUUACAAGUUGGAGCCAGGCACGGUGAAAAAGCUUGAUGGAGAGUUCGGUGUUCAGCUAUGGAAUUUAUGGAGGAAGGUAGGCCGAGAUGACCGGAUCCUAAAGUGGGAUGCUGCUUUGCAAGGCGUUGCAAAAAAGAUUGCGUUGGAAUCGGAAAUUAGCCGUGACGAAGUUGCUUUCCUCGAUAAGAUCAUUGAAGAGGUUCAGAAUGCCCUAACAAAAGAUUUAUCUCUAAGAGAAUUAAACCCUAAACCCGAAGAAAGCCCUAACCGAGCAACAAAUAUAAUCAAAUCAGGAGGACAACGCCUGAAGCAACUGGAAGAAAAGUUGGAUGUAGAGUGCAAUGACAACGACACUCGUGUUGUUGGAAUUGUUGGGAUGGCUGGAAUCGGCAAAACCUAUCUAGCCAAGAAUCUGUUCGAAAAGUUGAAGACAAAGAUCGGACGUCACGUGUUUGUCGAGUUCCCCCGUGAGAAGUCGAACGAGCAAGGGCUUGAAUGGCUGCAGAAGACAAUAGUUGAAGGGUUACUUAAUCAAGAAAAUAUAAUUUUUUCUAAUGGAAGUCCACUUGAGGUUUGGAAGAACCGCCUACUCGAGAAGAAAGUCGUGGUUGUUCUUGAUGGCGUGAGUGACAAGAAACAUAUCGAUGAGGUUCUAAGGAACCGGGACUGGAUUAAGAGAGGGAGCAAGAUCGUCAUCAUUACACGGGACAAGUCACUGUUUAAGGGACUGGAAUGCGAUCUCUAUGAAGUCCCAGGGUUGAAUGACAGAGAGGGCUUAGAGCUCUUUAGAGCACAAAGUUGUACUACUCUUGAGGGAAAAUUCAUGGAGCUGUUAAGAAAGUUCUUGGAUUAUGCAGGAGGCAACCCAUUAGCUCUCAAGGCAUAUGGUGGGGAGCUUAAGGGGAAAGAGGAAGAUCAAUGGGAAGAAAGACUUGGAACACUGACACAAAUUCUAAAUCCGGAGAUCAGAAAAGAGUUGAAAAUCAGUUAUGACGAACUAAAUAGUGAGCAGAAGGAUGCACUUCUUGAAAUAGCUUGUUUCUUCAGAUCACAAGAUGAAGAUUACAUAACAACUCUACUGGAUUCUUUUCACCAAGAAUCUGCUAAAGGUAGCACCGAAAUUAGAGAUCUCGAGGAAAAGUUCUUGAUUCGCGUGUAUGAUGGCCGAGUUGAGAUGCAAGAUCUAUGGUUGACAAUGUGCAAGGAACUUGUUGGAACAAGUGAAGGGAAGUAUUGGCUAUUUCCGUCGAAAAUAGCAGAGUCAACUGAUGCGUUAAAAACCAAAGAGGGUAAAGAAGAGGUUAGAGGUGUUACCAUAGACAUGUCUAAAAUGGAUGAAAAGCCGUUAGACAACCAAGCAUUUAUAGGUAUGAGCAAUCUACGGUAUCUUAAAGUCUACAGUUCCACUGACCCUAGUAAUGGUGAAGCCAAGUGCAAGUUAAACUUACCUGACGGGCUCGAGUUUCCGGAAGAUAAUAUUAUUCGAUAUAUCUACUGGAUGAAAUUUCCAGGGGAGGAACUCCCAUCAAACUUCAAACCCAAUAAUCUUAUCCAUCUUAGCUUGCCUUACAGCAAAAUUAAAUGUGUAUGGCAGGGUACUAAGGUUGCACCAAAACUAAAGUGGGUCGAUCUUAGCCACUCGAGUAAUUUGAGUUCUUUGUCAGGUUUAUCAAAAGCACCAAAUCUUUUGAGACUGAACCUUGAAGGCUGCAUAAGUUUGAAGGAGCUACCCGAGGAAAUGAAAGAUAUGAAAAAUCUUGUUUUCUUGAACCUAAGAGAAUGCACAAGUCUUUCAUCUUUGCCGGAUAUAAACAUGGAUUCCUUGAAGGUUCUCAUUCUCAGCGGAUGUUCAAAGCUACAGAAAUUUCAAGUGAUUUCAGAAAAGCUAGAAAAACUGUACUUAAACGGCACUGCAGUUAAUACACUUCCCCCAACCAUAGGUAAUCUCCAAAGACUUAUCUUAUUGAACCUGAAAGACUGCAAAAAUCUGGUUACUCUUCCUAAUUGUAUAGGGAAGCUGAUAUCUCUUCAACAACUCAAACUCUCUCGUUGUUCGAACCUCAAUAGUUUUCCUGAUGUUAAGGAUAACAUGGUAAAUCUACGGAUUUUACUACUUGGUGGAACAUCAAUAACAGAGAUGCCAUGCAAUAUUGAUGGUUCAUCCUUAUCCUUGCUACAACGUUUAUGCUUGAGUGGGAAUGCUAAUAUCCGUACUCUGGAAUUGAACACAAGUCAUUUAAAAUGGCUAGAGUUAAAGUAUUGUAAGAAUCUCACAAGUCUUCAGCUUCCACCACAUCUUCAAUGCUUAGAUGCACAUGGUUGUAUCUCACUGAGAACCGUCACCAGCUCACUAGUCCAUCCUAGGCCAACAGAGAAUUUUCAUUCAACACUGAUGUUCACCAACUGCAACGAACUAGAACAAGUUUCAAAGAAUGCUAUCAUAUCUUACGCUCAUGAGAAAUGCCGGUCGAUGUCAGAUGAUGGCUAUAAUCGGGAUUUCGUUUUCAACUCCUUGAUUGGUACCUGCUUUCCUGGAUGUGAUGUACCUUUAUGGUUUAACCACCAAACAUUUGGAUCAAUCUUAAAGCGGACGCUGCCUCGAGACCUGAAAGAAGGCAGAGUAAAUGGGGUAUUUCUAUGUGUUGUAGUCUCGUUUAAGGAGUUCAAAGGCCAAACCAACACCCUCCAAGUGAAAUGCAAUUGUGAGUUCACUGAUCAUGCUAUCAUAAGACUGAGGCGUAAAAUUAGUAUUAUUGUUGGUGGUUGUUCUGAGCUAAGUAGUGAUGAGUCACGUAAAAUUGAUUCGGAUCAUGUGUUCAUUGGCUACACCAAUUGGUUUAAUACUAAUAAAAGUCAAAAAAAUGAAGAUGACAAGGAAUACGUUCCUACCGAAAUCUCCCUUGGAUUUGAAGUCACAGAUGGUGCAAGUGAAGUCCGAGAAUGUGAGGUGAUGAAAUGCGGCUUCUCUUUGUUGUAUAAUUCUGAGGGAGCUGUUUCUUGGGAGCCAAGAUUUGAUGCAUCUCCUAGGUCAGAGGAAAGUAUACACGGUGAAUUAGCGUCUCACAUAGCUUCAGAGCACGAUUUUGGUGAUUCCAAUGGACUACUAAACGGAGAAUAA